UUUGUAUGUGUAACUUUAAGCUCAGAUAUUGGGGCCCUGAUCUCAACUGAAGUUUUCCUUUUACAAAUGUUGCUUUGUGCUUUAAUAUUUGGCCUUUAUUUGAGCCUUUUGCAGUCACUGUUGUCUGUCUAUUUUUGGUUGAUGAAAUGUGCCCGUUCUGGUCUCCAAGCUCAUGGACCCAAUUAGAAAUGCACAGAUUAAUGCAGCAAAUGGCCUCAAAGUCAGGCAGGAGAAUUUGCAAUCUCUGCUUGAAAAGAACCUUGAACCCUUGGGCUCUUCAGGAAAAAAGCCUGUGUCAACAGAUAGCUGCUGCAGAUUGCCCUGUAGGGGUUAUGCCAGCAGAGACAAUGAGAGCAGCUGGUUCCGCUCACUUUUUGUCCACAAAGUGGAUCCCCGGAAGGAUGCUCAUUCAAACCUCCUGUCGAAGAAAGAGACCAGCAACCUGUACAAGAUCCAGUUUCAUAAUGUGAAGCCCGAAUGCCUGGAUGCUUACAACAGCCUGACGGAGGAAGUGCUGCCCAAGCUGCAUUCGGACACUGACUACCCUUGUGACCUGGUUGGGAACUGGAACACAUGGUAUGGAGAGCAGGACCAGGCAGUGCACCUGUGGCGUUUCUCUGGUGGGUACCCGGCCCUCUCGGACUGCAUGAAUAAGCUGAAGCAAAACAAGGAAUACCUGGAGUUCCGGAAGGAGAGGAGUAAAAUGUUGUUGUCUCGACGGAACCAGCUCCUCCUGGAAUUCAGCUUCUGGAAUGAGCCUCUGCCACGGGCAGGGCCCAACAUCUACGAGCUGAGAACCUACAAGCUAAAGCCAGGGACCAUGAUUGAGUGGGGAAAUAACUGGGCUCGAGCUAUUAAGUACCGUCAAGAGAACCAGGAAGCUGUGGGUGGGUUCUUCUCCCAAAUCGGAGAGCUCUACGUGGUGCACCAUCUCUGGGCCUACAGGGACCUGCAGUCUCGGGAGGAGACAAGGAAUGCAGCUUGGAGGAAACGGGGCUGGGAUGAGAAUGUGUAUUACACAGUGCCCCUUGUUCGGAACAUGGAGUCUCGAAUCAUGAUUCCCCUGAAGAUCUCUCCCCUCCAGUGACCCUCCACCCUGACCCUGCGUGUUCUCCCUCCAGCACUGGAUACAAAUGGACAAGAGCGCAUGGCCUGUUGGGAUCUCUCUGCACUUCUCCUGAAGGAGCCUGCUUCUCUCUUCCUCUUGGCACUACCCAUCCCCUUAGCCCAUACGCCUGCCUGGUCUUGGCAUUACAAACUCUGCUGGUAGAGAGCAGCCACCAGAGCAUGUUCUCACCCAUGCAGCUUCAUGUGACUGCAUAUAGCUUCAUGGCAGCAGCUGUCCCAGCAGGACACCCUGGGCAGGAUCAGUUGUUAACAGGGCUGCAGCAGAUGACAAAGUGCAGACACAUCUACACCCACUUCCUGACAACUUUCCUGUGGUAGGAGUUGCUUGUCUUUGCUUGCAAAGCUAAUGGUUCCUGCCAUCACAGGAGAGCUAGGAGUGUGGAUGCACUCAUGGCUCUUCCAGCAGAGCUGCAAUGUAGUCCAGGCCUUGGGCUGCUUCUGUCUGCUGGGAGCCGUGGGUCAUGCUAGCAUAUGGCUUCACGUUGAUCCCCAGCUGUGAACAGAUGAAUGUUCCAGAGCUCAAAUUCCACUUUUGCACAUAGAAAUUAACACAGCUGAUCUAUGCCAUCUGCAGAAGGCAUGAUACAGGUACCCAGCUGCUCUCUGGGUGAAGAGACUGGGUUCAGUCUUUUUGCCCAACCCUCCAGCAAGUCAUUCCACCCCACCCCCUUCCAUCACAGACAGGGAAUAAUCUCUUCCUUGCCUCUGGGAGUGAUCCUCUACCAUGCUUCCUCUCUGUGUCUGCCACCAUGACCUUCUACCCUUGGAUAGCCUGCUGCAAGCAAGAAGCCCACCCCUGAGCAAGAUACCCUGGCAUUCUGCUCUGGUGGAAGCAGGGGCAAGCUUGUAUGGGGAGAAGGAAUCUCUCCUGUCUAAUGAUGAGGCCAUCCGUCCCCCUGAGCUAUCUCCCUCAUCUACAGAGCAUGUGUAGGCUGAAAAGAUUCUCUGGAAAUAAUGCUGUAUUCCAUAUCCAACCCUCAUUCGCAGUGGCUCCUAGACUUAAUAGACAGACCUUAACAGUACAUAUAUUUCUAUCCUGCUACUCAGCCUCAGCCUGAUACUAAGAUGGAGGGGGUGCUGGAAUACUUAAUUUUCCCCCUUCUGCCUUCCUAAGGUGCUGAACACACCUUUUUAUGAGCUCAAGGGGAGCUGGGAGUGCUAGACACCCACCAGAAUCAAGCCUUUAAUUCAGGAGUUAAAAUGAAGCCAAGUUCCUCUUCCCCUUGUGUCAUCCAUGCAGUUGAUCAGAGAUUAGCUAACAUUAGCACCUACCUUCCAGAACUGCAUAAGCUCAGUAGAAAUGAAAGGUACAAGCUGGGCUGUGUCAGCAGAACUGACUCUGACUGGAAAAGACAAAGCCUGAACCUGAAAGGAACAUGUGGUGUUGAUAGCAAGUAGUAACAAUAGUUGUGUAGCUUGGACUAAUGGCAUUCAACCACAAAGCAGUAAAAAAUUCAUUUGCAUUGGAAAUGAAAGCCCCUGAAUGCCUGUCAGUGCUGCAUCUUCCACUGGACUGCAGUGGAGGUGAAUUUGAGUGUCUGUAUCUCCUAGCGCAAUCACUGGUACUGGGAGCAAAUGCCCUUGCUCCCUGGGCAUUUAUAUGUCUAUGUGAGUGAGCAAGGGGAGUUGGAACACAUGGAGAGGCAGCUGUCAUUCAAGAGGGGCCUAUCAGACAGAUGUCAGUUCCUCUAGCACAUUUAUGGUAAUUGCAACUAAUGGGCAAGUGGCAAAGCACGGGCAUUUAUUUUGUGUCAAGCGUUUUCCUGGAAGGAACUUGUACAGGUCUGAUUGCAAAUGUAAUUAAAUAUUUAAUAUGCUAACACCAGGCUUGCAUUUG